CCCGCCAUGGCGCGGCCCUCGCAGGAGGCGAUCGACACCUUCAUCAGCAUCACCGGCGCCGACGAGGCCGCCGCCGCGCGCAAGCUCGAGGAGCAUAGCGGUGACCUAAAUGAAGCUGUGAAUGCAUACUUCAAUGAUGGAGAUAGGUCCACCACCAGAAUCAUUCAGAACCCUGUACCUGACAGUCAUGACGAUGUGAUGGAUCAUAUGAUGGAUCUGGACGAUCCAUUUGAUCCCCCAUUCAGCAGGCCUAUGGGCAACCCUUUUGAUAUUCUGCACCCAGGUUUUGCUGAGAGAGCUGCUGCUGGUUUCUUCGGUGGGAGACCUCAGGUUACACAUCCCAGGGAGGUGCGGCAGAUACCUAUUGAAGUAAAAGACACUAAUCCUGAAACAGGGAGCUCUGGUCAGGGUCCUGUUAUUGAAGAUGUUACUGGACGUGAGUCUUCAUAUGGUCCGGAGGUUCAUGGGACUGUUGUAGUUGAUGAGGAUGAUGAUGACUUGCCGUCUGCCUAUGCUCCUACUAUCCCAAGAGAUAUUCCGGGCACAUACUAUUCUGCGCCAAGUGCUCCUCCAUUGGUUAGUGACUACAACAAUGACAUAGAAGAGGAGAUGAUCCGUGCAGCAAUUGAAGCAUCAAAAAGGGAUGCGGAAGGAUCGACAAAUGGUUUAAAUGAUGUUGGACGUGAAAAUGCAUCACAAGUCAGAGAUAACGAUCUUGCAGAGGCAGUUUCUCUGUCGUUGGAGGCAGCAGAGCGAGAGAGAGUUCUACGCCAACAGGGAAUCUUGGUCGAUGGUUCUUCUGAUUUAUCUGAUAAGGAAGACAUGGAAGGAGCAAGUGAAACAGUUGAAAGGCAAGGACUAAUUGCAAGGGAUGUCGGAACUUCUAGGCAAUUGUUAGAUGAAGAGAACUUCCAAGAAGAUAUUGAAGAUGUUGAGGAAGAACCUUUAGUUAGACAACGUUCUAGACGUGUUCUAUCUCGAAAUGCAGAGACAACAGAAGCUGUGCAAAGGCCUGACAGUCCUCCUUUAAGCCCUCAGCCUCACCAGCACAAUGGAGGUUUCGCGGAGUGGGGUGGCAUUUCUUCCGAGGAGCAUGAUGAAGCUGUUAUGCUUGAGGCUGCAAUGUUUGGUGGCAUUCCUGAACACACAGCAUAUCCAUUUCCUCGCCCAUCUCAUGGAAUCUCAGCUGGCUAUCCCCGAGUAGCACAUCCUCCAUCACCAACAUUAACUGCACAAAGGUUGAUAAGGGAGCAGCAGGAUGAUGAGUAUCUUGCAGCCCUCCAAGCUGAUAGAGAAAAAGAGUUGAAGGCUGUGGAGGAUGCUGAGCUCCGUAGAGUGGAAGAAGCUGCUGCAAGAGAAGCUGCUAUUGAAAAGCAAAAGCAAGAGAACGAGGAUAAGCUGAGAAAACAACUUGAGGAAGAGGAGCUGGAGUCACUGCUUGCAGCCAAGCGAGAAUCAUUACCAAAGGAGCCACUGCCAAAUGCUGAAGGAGCAGUCACAGUUGUAGUUCGCAUGCCUGAUGGUAGUCGCCAGGGAAGACGCUUUUUGAGAUCCGACCAGCUUCAGGUUCUUUUUGAUUUCAUAGACAUCAGCAAGACAUUCAAGCCAGGAACUUAUAGACUGGUGAGGUCUUACCCCAGGCGUGCAUUCACCGACGAGGAGUGUCUGAUGUCGCUGAGUGAUGUUGGCCUGACCAGCAAGCAGGAGGCCCUGUUUCUAGAGCAGAUUUCAGGAUAGCGGAUAGGAUUUAGCAAUGGACAGCGUCUGGCUGUGGGGGUUCAGGGUUUCUAGUUCUGUCUGCUGCCGUAUGUUGACGAAAAAUUUAGCAAAUGUUUCCCAUGAACCUUGGCGUUGAAAAAGGUCUCAGCUAUCCCUUUUUUGUUUUUAUCGAAACUAUGGCAGUACUUAUGCCAUACUCAGUGUCCCGGACCCGCUUUAGGCACGCAGUCAGGAUGUAUAUACAGUGCUACCAUAGUUUAUCAGGUCUUAUGCUACGUAGUAUUUGACAAUGCUAUUGCUAUUGGAUUGCCUUGUGGGAUAUUAGCCUUGCUUGGUACCCGUGACCUGACCGUUA